CGCCCGGCGGCAAACAGUCGAGUGAAAAAAACUCGUCGCGGCAGACAUGUCAGGCAAUCCUCGGUAGCGGCCGCGCGCGGAUGGACUCGUGACCCGUUUUUUGACACAAAGCGGAGCCCCAAAAGUCAUCGAGCGAGCUCGUCUGACAUGAAGUGAAACUCUCGAACCGAGCGCAUGACACUUUUUUACGCAGCGGCCCCGGGUUUACUGCGCCUCCAUCCACCGGCCGACACGGAGACGCAUCACCUUCCGACUAGCAUCGAGAUGGCACGUGCGGCGACCUUGGAGAAUGUGGGCGAGGCCGGCGGUGGGGCGAGCGCCCCCCUGCCCCACCGCCGCCCCGCCGCCUGCCACUCCGCCUUGCCCAACGGUCACCUGCAGAACGGGCAGCAGAACCGCCGGGAGCAGCCCGGCGCGGCCACCCCGCCGCCUUCGCCACCCGGCCCGGCGGACGCCGUCUCGGGAGAGCAAUCAGCUCCUUCCCGUACAGACCAGCGGCCACAUCGUGAGGCGGCCCACCGCCCGACCGGCGGGGGCCCGCUGCCCAGACGCGAGGCCACGCUGGAGGCGAGGCGCGUGGACACCUCGGGCGUCGCCCGGCAACUCAGGACAAUCGGAGAUCAGCUGAACGCCUCCAUGCUGAGAGAGAAGCGUCGCGAGGAGUGCCGGAGCCUUUCCCAGCUGUCAACGGUGCAGGAGGCGGGGUGCACCCUGAACUCGUCGCCAGCCGAUCGCAGGGCACAUCGAGACAAACAGCCGCACUUACGAUCACACCUAAUGCCAAUUUAGAGUGUCCAAUGAAUGCAUGUUUUGGGGUCCUCAUAAGUACUUUGAAUGGUGGGUGUUUGGGGGUGCUGGCACCGGUGUCACACGAGUGCCAAUGUGAUUGGCUCGUUUUGCCGCCAUCCCACUUAUUUAGCACGCCUGACACCUCGCACACACAAAAAAAAAAACAAACGCAACAACUGCAAAUCGUCUAGUUUGGCUUCCUAGCACAGCAUCGUGGCUAACUUUUGCGCUGACCCAUUUGGUGGAGGCCCGAGCCAGCCAGCCAAUGAGGGCGGCCUCAAUUGGAGCGCUCGAUAAAGCAGGCUCAUUAAGCGCUUUUAAUUGGCCGACACCGACGGCGUCCCGGCGGACGCGGCCACGUGGAAUUGCCGAUCUUGAGCUAUUUCGCACUCAUGAAUGGGAGCAGCGCCAAGUCUCUCGGGUCUGGAGUCUGAGCGGGGUCCAGCGUGGGCACCCGCUGGGGGCUGGGGCCAGAACGUCAUUUUUUCGUAAAACAACUUUGGUCAGCAAAUGAUUGGUUUCCCACAUUCACACGCUCCCCAAGACGCAAAACGUCUUUCCUCACAAAUAUGUAUAAAAUCUCUGCUUGGCUGGUCGAUGAGUCAUUGAGUCAAAUGCUGCUGGCAUUUCAGCGCCAAGCAAAAACGACCUUAUUGCAAUUCUUUUUCAAUCAGUGUUGAAACGCAAAUUGCGGCCAGCGUUUCGCUUCCCUUCCGAGCCAUCGGGCCACUUGGUGCUUCGGUUUUCUGGUUUUCACGUGAUGUGGACUUUUGCAGAUAGAAAACUAAACUUUUUAAAUCCAUCCAUCAAUCCAUUUUGUUAGCCACUUAUCCUCACGAGGGAGUGCUUGGAGCCUAUCCCAGCUGUCAACGGGCAGGAGGCGGGUGGGGUCCACCCUGAACCGGUCGCCAGCCAAUCGCAGGGCACGUGGAGACAAACAGCCGCACUCACAAUCACACCGACGGGCAAUUUAGAGUGUCCAAUAAAUGUUGCAUGUUUUGGGGAUGUGGGAGGAAAGCGGAGUGCCCACCCGGAGAAAAGCCACGCGGGCACUGGGAGAACAUGCAAACUCCACGUAGGCGGGGCCGGGAUCGAACCCGGGUCCUCAGAACUGUGAGGCCAACGCUCUACCAGUUGCUCCACCGUGCCGAUACUUCAUCU